AUGAUGCUAAUUAGGUCUUUUGUUGGGAAGAUAGAAAAGGGUGUUUCACACUUUGUUCACAGAAGGCCCCCAUUGAAUGAUCACUUCAACGAAGCCACAAGUGUGCUGCCAGAUGAUGUUAUGGAAGGAUAUUUUGCUGUACUUGCAAUAAAGGAUGGAGAAUCCAAAAGGUUCAUUGUUGGCUUACAUUACUUGAACGAUCCUGCUUUCAUUGAAUUGCUAGAUCAAGCUCAGGAGGAGUUUGGUUUCAGACAACAAGGAACUCUUAUUGUUCCUUGUCAGCCACAAGAAUUACAAAAGAUUUUAGAUGGUCGGAGUUGGAGAGCAUAG